CAUCAGUGUAGACGUGCCCAGCACGAGCAGGACCGGAGUGUUAAGGUGACAAACGUAAUUUCACCAGUUUUCUCAUUCUUAGAAAAGACGACGAGUCGAUUGAUUUUCCUGUGGCAGGUAAUGUUUAAAAUCCAUAUGGGAGGGAAAGGAAGAGCCGAGGUGCAUGGAAGGGCAGGCUGGGUGUAACCUGCCCCCGGAAUAUCAGCGCUUUAUAAUCCCCCUGCCCUCCUCAAGUAGUUAUUGAAAAGGGAGAAGAUAAAUAUAAGAAAUAAAUAUAAAAAAUAAAGCAUCCUGCUAGCAAAGCCAUUCCUGGAGGAUAAAGAGAAGGGUUUGCUGAUGCCCUGACGUACCAAAAGGAACUGUGAAGGUAAGACCCAGCGCUUUGGGAGUGACUUUACUAAACACACAUCUAGGGGUGCUGGGGUGAUGGAAAAAUGGGGGUUUAGGUGCUUCUUGUGUCCCUGUCCUCAAUCUGUUCCUGACGGGAGGAGAGCGCUGGGUAAGUGUUUCCUCUUCCACCUGUAAAAGCAGAAGCUACAGAAAGUAAAGCGAGACUUGGAUGGAAAAGUAACUCCAUUGAACCGCUGGGGUGCUGCCUUUAAGCCUAGCGCAGUUUAAUGCUAAUCCUGUAACAUUAUAUAGAUGGGGCUUUUUUUUUUUCACUUACACAAAGGAGGAAGGGGCUCAAUUCUUCUUUCUUUUCCUUCAGCGAAAAGCGAUGCUGCGCAACACAACGGUGAGCUCCGGCUCGCUGGCAUUGCCAUCUGAAUCCAGCUCAAAGGAGCGAGCUUUUGGGGAAGAAAGAGGCCUCUCUCCCUCUCCAACCCAAAUCUGAUCUCCAGAUUAGCUUGCUGGUUAUCAGUAGAGGUUGCGAUUGCAACUCAGCCUGGAACAGCAUUGAAGAAAACGGGCUUUUCAAUUGCGAGGGGACCGAGCCAUCGUUUCAGUCAUCAGCGCUAAUUGCCAAAGGAGGACCGGCAUGCAUUCUCCAUUGACAUAGGAUUUCUCCCCGCUCUACCAAGAUCGGUCUAAAAUUUCAGCCCUGAUUGCUCCUCUAGUCUACAAAACAGGAUGAACAAGCGAUCGUUUCUCGGAACCUGGGUGGCCCUUUUGGUGCUAACGGCGCGGCAGAGGGCUCACACCAUGGCGAGUCUGUACCCAUUCUGGCAGAACGACACAAAAACACCCAAAGUGGAUGAUGGGAGCUCUCCUGAGAUCAAGAUCUCCGUCCCAUUCAUCUUUUUUGGAGCCCCGUACAGAAGCGUUUAUGUCAACAACAACGGCGUCAUCUCCUUCAACGCGCUGGUCAGCCAGUUCACGCCAGAAGCGUUUCCUCUGACGGAUGGCCGGGCCUUCAUCGCGCCUUUCUGGGCAGACGUGCACAACGGCAUCCGCGGGGAGAUCUACUACCGGGAGAGCAGCGAGCCCGAGCUGCUGAGGAGAGCGUCCAAAGACGUGCGGAAGCACUUCAAAGACAUGUCCACCUUCUCUGCCGUCUGGAUCUUCAUCGUCACCUGGGAGGAAGUCACUUUCUAUGGAGGGAGCAGCACCACUCCGGUGAACACCUUCCAAGCUGUCCUGAUCACCGAUGGAGUGUCGUCUUUUGCCCUAUUUAACUACCACGAGAUCAGCUGGACCACAGGGACGGCCAGCGGAGGGGACCCCCUGACCGGGCUGGGCGGGGUGAUGGCGCAGGCUGGUUUCAAUGGUGGAAAUAUCACCAACUUCUUUAGCAUCCCGGGCUCCAGAACCCCAGAUAUAGUCAAUAUCGAAGAAACCACCAAUGUGAACGUCCCCGGGCGCUGGGCUUUCAAAAUAGAUGGCAGAGAAAUAGAUCCGGCCAAUGGCUGCAGCCUGAGAGGACAGUUUCUCCGUCAAGGGGAGAUCUUCUGGGACAGCGCCAAUUGCACCACCAAGUGCCGCUGCCUGGACUUCAACAAUGAGAUCUUCUGCCAGGAGGUGGCUUGCGGCCCCUUUGAAGUGUGCGAGCUGAAGACCAAGUUCUUCCAGUGCGUGCCGGUGGAGAGCAGCACCUGCGUGGUGUUCGGAGAUCCGCAUUACCACACCUUCGACGGCUUCCUCUUUCACUUCCAGGGUUCCUGCUCCUACCUCCUCGCCAGGCAGUGCUGGCCAGGCUCCCAGCUGCCCUACUUCAACGUGGAGGCCAAGAACGAGAACCGAGGCGGCUCCUCCGUCUCCUGGCUGAGGGAUAUUUUUGUGGAGGUCUACUCGCACAAGAUCGUGCUCCCAAAGGGCAGCUUUGGGAAAGCGAAGGUGGAUGACUUGGUGGUGUCUCUACCUAUAUCCCUCGAACUGGGCGCAAUAAAAAUCUACCAAAGCGGCUUGUCCACAGCGCUGGAGACCGACUUCGGCCUGCUAGUGACCUAUGACGGACAACAUUACGCCUCCGUGUCCGUUCCGGCCACGUACAUCAACGCCACGUGCGGUCUGUGUGGAAAUUACAAUAAAGACCCUGAGGACGACACCCUGCGCUCGGACGGGAGGUUGGCUUCAUCUGCGCCAGACCUGGGCGAGAGCUGGAGAGUGCCGCAUCCCGAGAGAAAAUGCUCGUCCGGCUGCUUGUACAACUGCAGCCUCUGCGACGCCGCCACCGAGUCUCUGUAUUCCACCUCCGAGUACUGCGGCUUCAUCAACAAGAGCGGCGGGCCGCUGUGGGAGUGCAACGCCGUGGUGGACCCCACCGCCUUCGUCCACAGCUGCGUCUACGACCUCUGCGGCGCGCGGGAUAACGGCACCGGGCUGUGCCAAGCCGUCCAGGCGUACGCCGCGGUGUGCCAGGCCCUGGGCAUCUCGGUGGGAGAGUGGCGUGCACAGGCGGGAUGCAUGAUGGCCGUGCGGUGCCCGGAGCUCAGCCGCUACUCGGUGUGCGCCAGCAGCUGCCCUGCCACGUGUUCGGACCUCACGGCCCCGCUGUCCUGCACCUCCCCGUGCGCCGAGGGCUGCGAGUGUGACCAGGGCCAUGUCCUCAGCACCGACCGCUGCAUUCCUGUCCAGCAGUGUGGCUGCGACGUGGACGGCCGCUACUAUGCGGUUGGGGAGUCGUUCUGGGCGGCGGCGGACUGCACGGUGGAGUGCCGGUGCGAGGACGGCGGGGACGCCAGGUGCUUCAACGCCUCCUGUCCCGAAGGAGAGGUCUGCACCAUCGAGAAUGGCUACCGGGGCUGCUACCCCAAGCGGGAGACCGUGUGUUUGGUGGGGCAGAACCAGGUGCUGAGGACGUUUGAUGGAGUCGCCUUCCCCUAUCCGCUGGAGCACUCCUACAUACUCCUCAAAACCUGCACGGAGACGCUGGACUUCAUCGAGGUGGACAUCAGCCAAAAGAAGGCCGGGUCAGCGCCUGACGGGCCCCGUGUCGUGCGGAUCCAGGCGGUCGGCCAGGAGGUGAAGAUCGGAGGCACCAGCCUGUCGGAGAUCAAGGUGAACAGUUACGAUGUGGAGCUGCCCUAUUUCCAUCCUUCUGGCCGCCUGGAAAUCUACCGUAGUGACAACGGCACCGUGAUGGAGUCAGAGGGGCUCCUGGCUGUCGCCUACUACGAUUCAGGCCUCCUGGAGAUCCGCCUUUCCACCGCCUACUUCAACUGCACGGGGGGCCUGUGCGGCUUCUUCAACGACAACGCUGGCGACGAAUUCUGCCUGCCCAAGGGCAAGUGCACGGACAACCUGGAGCUCUUCCUGGAGAGCUGGACCACGUUUGACGAGAUCUGCAACGGGGAGUGCGGGGACCUCCUCAAGGCUUGCAACAACGACUCGGAGCUGCUCAAGUCCUACCGGAGCCGCUCCAACUGCGGCAUCAUCAACGACCCCACCAACAGCUCUUUCCUGGAGUGCCACAGCGUGGUCAACGUCUCCGCCUACUACAGGACGUGCCUUUUCCGCCUCUGCCAGAGUGGGGGCAACCGCUCGGAGCUCUGCGACUCGGUGGCACGCUACGCGAGCGCCUGCAAGAAUGCUGAGGUGGACGUUGGUCAGUGGAGGAGCCACAGUUUUUGCCCUCUCGCCUGCCCGGAGAACAGCCAUUUCGAGGAGUGCAUGAGCUGCGUGGAGACCUGCGAGACGCUGGCCACGGGCCCUGUCUGCACAGACACCUGCGCCGAGGGCUGCCAGUGCGACGAGGGCUUCGCGCUCCGCGGCACCCGCUGCAUUCCCCGCGGAGAGUGCGGCUGCAAUUUCGAGGGGCGCCAGCUGGCCACCAACCAGACCUUUUGGAUGGACAUCUCCUGCCACUUCCUCUGCUACUGCAACGGCUCUGACAACAGCGUGUACUGCGAGAACGUCUCCUGCAAGGAUGACGAGUACUGCUUGGAGGAGAAUGGCCUCUACUACUGCCACGUCCGCACCGACGCCUCCUGCAUCAUCUCCGGUUACGGACACUACCUGACUUUUGACGGCUACUCUUUCGACUUCCAGAGCAGCUGCGCGUUGGUGCUGUGCACCACGAUCUCCCGGCCCAGGGCGGAACGCUCGGACACUUUCCCAGCGUUCACCGUCACAGCCAAGAAUGAGGAUCGGGACACCUCUCUGGCUCUGUGGAUCAAGCAAGUUGAAGUGGAGGUCUUCAAUUACAACAUCGUCAUCCACCGUGCCUACAAAUAUACCGUGCUGGUCAACGACGAACGCCUGUACCUGCCUCUGAAGCUGGGCCAGGGCAAAGUGAACAUCUUCGCCUUCGGCUUUCACAUCGUGGUCGAGACCGACUUUGGACUGAAGGUGGUGUACGACUGGAAGACCUUCCUCUCAGUCACCGUCCCACGCAGCUUCCAGAACCUGACUUACGGCCUCUGCGGCCGCUACAACGGCAACCCCGAGGAUGACCUGGUAGCCGCGGGUGGCAUGCCGGCUGCCACCGUCGCUGACUUUGUGCAGAGCUGGGCCAAGCGAGACGCGUUCUGCCGCGUGGGCUGCGGUGACCGCUGCCCCGCCUGCGGGAAGGUGGAAGGCUUCUGGAAACCCCAGCAGCUCUGCAGCCUCAUCCCGAGCCAAAGCGGCGUCUUUGCCAAGUGCCACAGCAAGAUCAGCCCUGGCUUCUUCUACAAGAACUGCCUCUUUGACACGUGCGUCGACGGGGGAGCCAUGCAGACGGCCUGCAGCUGGCUGCAGAAUUACGCCAGCACAUGCCAAACGCAGGGCAUCGCCAUUACCGGCUGGAGGAACUUCACAUCAUGUUCCGUCAGCUGUCCCCCCAACAGCCACUACGAGAGCUGCGUGUCGCUGUGCCAGCCCCGAUGCGCCGCCAUCCGCCUCAAGAGCGACUGCAGCCACUACUGCGUGGAGGGAUGCCAGUGCGACCCCGGCUACGUCCUCAACGGCAAGAGCUGCAUCCUCCCCCACAACUGCGGCUGCUACUCCGAUGGCAAAUACUACGAGCCCAAGCAGCUCUUCUGGAACGGGGACUGCACCCGCCGGUGCCGCUGCUUCCGACGCAACCUCAUCCAGUGUGACCCACGGCACUGCAAGUCAGAUGAGGAGUGCGCCCUGCGCAACGGCAUCCGCGGCUGCUUCAGCACCAGGAGCUCUUACUGCCUGGCGGCGGGCGGCGGCGUCUUCCGCACCUUCGACGGGGCUUUCCUCCGCUUCCCCGCCAACUGCGCCUUUGUCCUCUCCACCAUCUGCCAGAAGCUGCCCGACUUCUCCUUCCAGCUCAUCAUCAACUUCGACAAGUGGUCCUCACCCAACCUCACCAUCAUCUCCCCUGUGUACUUCUACAUCAACGAGGAGCAGAUCCUCAUCAGUGACAGGAAUACCGUCAAGGUGAACGGCAGCCUCGUGAGCAUCCCCUUUGUCACGGGGCUUUCCACAAAGAUCUUCAGCCAGGAGGGCUUCCUGGUCAUCGACUCCGGCCCUGACAUCCAGAUCCGCUACAACGGCUUCAACGUCAUCAAAAUCACCAUCGGCGAGCGGCUGCAGAACAAGGUGUGUGGCCUCUGCGGCAACUUCAACGGCGACCGGACGGACGACUACGCGACGCUGCGGGGGAAGCCGGCGGUCAGCAGCGUGGUGCUGGCGCAGAGCUGGAAGACCAACGGCAUGCAGAAGAGCUGCAACGAGCUGCAGUACUCGCAGUACGCCGCCUCCUGCGACAACGUCCAGAUCCAGGAGCUGCAGAGCGACAGCUACUGCCUGAAGCUGACGGACAUGAAAGGCUUCUUCCAGCCCUGCUACGGCCUCCUGGACCCCUUGCCCUUUUACGAGUCCUGCUUUCUGGACGGCUGCUACAACCACAAGAAGGUGCAGCUGUGUGGCUCGCUGGCCGCCUACGGCGAGGCCUGUCGCACCUUCGGCAUCCUGGGCACCGAGUGGAUCGAGAAGGAGAAUUGCUCAGGAGUGGUGGAAGAUCCCUGCGUGGGCGCCGACUGCCCCAACCGCAGCUGUGAGCUGGACAACGGCGGGGAGCUGUGCGGCUGCAUCGAGCCCCCGCCCUACGGGAACACCACCCAAGACAUCAUCGAUGCGGAGGUGACCUGCAAAGCCGCCCAAAUGGAAGUGUCCAUCUCCAAGUGCAAGCUCUUCCAGCUGGGCUUCGAGCGCGAGGACGUGCGUGUCAACGACCGCCACUGCCCCGGCAUCGAAGGGGAGGACUUCAUCUCCUUCCAGAUCAACAACACCAAGGGCAACUGCGGCAAUCUGGUGCAGUCGAACAGCACACAUAUAGUGUACAAGAACACGGUUUGGAUCGAGAGCGCGAACAACACAGGCAACAUUAUCACCCGCGAUCGGACCAUCAACGUGGAGUUUUCUUGCGCCUACGAGCUGGACAUCAAGAUCUCCCUGGAUUCGGUGGUGCGGCCAAUGCUCAGCGUGAUUAACCUGACGGUGCCGACACAGGAAGGGAGCUUCACGACUAAGAUGGCCUUGUACAAGAACUCCUCCUACAAGCACCCUUACCGGCAGGGCGAGGUGGUGCUCACCACCCGGGACGUGCUCUACGUGGGGGUGUUUGUCGUCGGGGCCGAUUCCAAUCACUUGAUCCUGAUGCUGAACAAGUGCUACGCGACCCCGUCUCGGGACAGCAACGACAAGCUGCGCUACUUCAUCAUCGAGGGAGGGUGCCAAAACAUGAAGGACAACACCAUCGGCAUAGAGGAGAACGGGGUGUCCUUGACGUGUCGCUUCCACGUCACCGUCUUCAAGUUCAUCGGGGAUUACGAUGAAGUUCACCUGCAUUGCGCCGUGUCCCUCUGCGAUUCGGAGAAAUACUCCUGCAAAAUAAACUGCCCUCAGCACACGAGGAUGGCCAGCGCCUUUGCCGAGGAGACCAAGGAGCAGAUCAUCUCGGUGGGGCCUAUUAGGAGGAAGCGAUCGGACUGGUGCGAGGACAACGGAGGAUGUGAACAGAUCUGCACGAGUCGGGCGGACGGGCCGCUGUGCAGCUGUGUGACGGGGACGCUGCAAGGGGACGGCAAGAGCUGCAGGGCCUCCAGCUCUUCAGGGGAGCACCGCGCCCCAGCGACCCUUCUGUUGGCGGCCCAGCUGUGGCUGUGGCUGCGCGCAGCUCCGCAGGAACCGACCUCGUAGGCACCGCUCCACCGCUCAGCCAGGGACUGUUCUCACGCCAGCCAGCGUCUUUGUAGGGUAGGAGACAGCAUCCCCGCAGCAGCCAGGCUGCCACCGACCCGUCCCACGGCAUGGAGGCAAGAGAGGGACUCAACCUGGAGUGAAAGCCAGCACGGACCCAGAAUGUGGCAGUCACCAUGACAGCAAGGCAGCGCUGCACAUUUAGCAGCAUUGAAGCGGGACUUGGGGGUUUUUUUGCAGUUUUCUGGCAUCAGUGUGGGACUUCGGAUAUUUUUUACAGGUUGCCAUCAUAGAUGUGGGACUUGGGGUUUUUUUUUGCAGCAUUUUCCCAGACGGUCCCUCGUAGCCUGCACCCUAGGGGACUCACACCCCGGUCGGUCGCAUGGCUUGGGACAGAGUGCCCACAGGUCUCCAAGUUCAUCGGCAGCCGCCGUCGGUGUCUCAGGAGCACAGGGGCUGGGAUCGAGGUGGGUGUCGCGCCAUGGGGUCAUCGUCAGACGUCAUGUUGGGAGCACGUUGUCAGACAGUUCCCCAGAGCAGGUGCGGGUCUGGGAAGACUGCUUGUGCAAUGCGGUAGCGAGAAGCUGGUCCCAGUGUUUGGAAAGAGGUGCUUUCUGCUGGGCAUAAGGAAAGGAGGAGCAGUGGGGGGCAGAAUUCCCUCCUGCGUUUGCGUGGUGCACCACGGCAGAAGAUUUUGAGAGCGGAAUCGGGGUCCAUGGGUGCGGGGAGGCAUCGGCGCACCUGACGGGAGAGUUGGGCAUGGCAGAUCUGGGGGAGCUGUCUGCGUUGGUGUCUUUUCUUGUGUUUGUACUCUGAAACGGCUGCGUGGGAAUAAAAAGUGUUGUAACCCUU